AUGGCUAUAUUCGUCACCUCGAUUUUAUUCAUCUUCAUAUCGGCGGUAGUUGUAUCCCUUCGAGUUUAUGUGCGGUGGACCGAAAAGUCGUUUUGGUGGGACGAUGGUACUAUGUUUGCGGCGCUGAUUAUAUAUAAUGUCACAAUCGGUCUAGGCUGUAGAAGUGUAUAUCUCGGCCUUGGCACCCAUAGGGCUGAUUUGACCGAAUAUCAGGAGAGAGAGGCCAGAAAGUUUCUGGCGAUAUGGCUUCCCUUUUACGCAGCAUGUCUCGUCCUGGUCAAGGGGUCCAUUUGCAUCACUAUGCUACGACUCACCCAAACGAUGAAAUACACCCGCUGGUGCAUCUAUCUGCUACUAUGGCUGUGCAUAUGCGCGUUCAUAAUAUCUAUCACAGGAUCUGCGAGUUCGUGUCGCCCCUUUGCGGCGAACUGGGAUCUUAGAUUGAUCGCCGAAGGGAAAGGGUCAUGUUCACCUAUCACUGCCGUACUCGGGAUUUCUUACACUUCUACAGCCAUAACAAUUGCUACCGACAUAGCGUGUGCGAUACUGCCUGGAAUUAUACUAUGGAAGACCCAGCUAAGGCUGAGAGUCAAGCUAUCAGUCGGGAUACUCCUAUCGUUUGGUUCAUUUGCUUCGGUUUGUACAAUGGUCCGUGUGCCAUACGUCAAGUAUUACAUGGACGACGACCUAAUUUAUUGGCUCGCGAACCUGGUCUUGUGGUCCAACAUCGAAACCGCUGUCGGUCUGAUCGCUGGUUCAGUCCCGAUACUACAAAAAUUAAUCAUGCGUCAUUUCAGAAAAUACAACCCCUCCCCAACACCCAAUUCCGUGGGAUUAGUGACAUUCGGUAGCGCCCCUAUAAAGUCGCGCAAUAGAAGAGUUUUCAGUAACCCGACCGACAUUGGCUUUAGCGUCACGACGGUGCAGACGAACCAUCACCCUCACGAUUGGGAACGACUCGAGGAUGACUCGAGCUCUGGGCGUAUCCGAGCCGAUUUCACUUACGAAGUCGAGACAUCACAAGCUUCGGAAUCUGAUCUGGUCGAAAGGGGGGGAUAA